AUGCUACAACUUGACGGUGCAAAUGAUUGUAUUAAAAGUACGGUGAAAAAUAGUGCAUUUCGGGUCUCAUCUUCAUCAAAUGAUACAAUAAGCCGUGAAUCAUCAGGACAUCUGGAAACUUCACCAGCUGCAUUUUUUGGUGCAUCAUUUGGUUUAACGCAACUACCGGGUGCUGUUAAACCGGAAAAUUUAAUGCCAACAUUAUCAGAGCGUCCGGUUGCACUGACAGCUAUGUCGGAUGCCGCAGCUGCUACAGCAGCUGCGGUAGCUUAUGAUUCUCGCAUAAUUGGUGCUACACCAUAUUAUAAUAGUGGUUAUCCGAGUGCAAGUUAUGCCGGAAUGUACGCUGCUAGCGGAACACAAAAUUAUUAUCCUGUUGUAUCAUCAUCGUUACGUGGAUCUGCUGCUGCUGCUGCCGCAGCUACGUCAUUUCCGUUUGCUGCUGCCGCUGCAUCUCACGCCUAUUACGGUAAUGGCUAUACAUCAGCUCAUUUUGAUUAUGCAUCUUAUCCGGCAGCGAUGCACUGUUACGGUGGUCGCAGUGGUUAUUACGGAUGCUCCAUUAAUCCUGUUUCAUCAAAUUCAUCCUUAUAUACAAUGAAUUCAUUAGCAAAUGAUAUGAAUACAUCCAAUCAAUUGUCUUCUUUCAAUACAAAACAUGAAACAAAACGACCAAAUAAAGCAAUAAAACGUAAGAAAAAUCCGGGUGCUACAAAUAGUCCGGAAAAACAAUAUAAGCGUGCAUUUAUAUGGGAAAUGGAAGAUGUCUGUGUAUUAUCCAAUUUUUUUCUUCGAUCUAAUGAUCCGAUCCGGAAUGAACGUUUAGCAGAAAUGAUCAAUAAUAAUGUAAAUCGAUUAAUUACGUCUAUUUUUGGUAUUGAUCAAGAUGAUCAAGAUUGUGAUUAUGUGAAUAUCGAAGAUGCUAAUAUCGAUGAUACAUUUGAUGAUUUAUCAUAUUCGACAGUUGGCAUUGAUACGCCAAGUACAUCAGCUAUAAAUAACACGGAAUCAUCAUUAUUAGGUCACGCACGUGGAGGUGUAGAUUGGAUGAGAAAAUUAGCUGUAAAAUAUCAACAUAUCAAAGAUACUUAUAAUUCGUAUAAGAAUAAUUUUGCUGGUCUUUUGGAAAGGACUGGAAAUACGGAGCGUGCUGAAUUGUUAGCUUUAAAAUCAACAAUGGAUCCGUUAGCCCAAGGCUGGGGUGAAAGUGUUGGACAAUGUUUGAAACUCAUUAUCGAUAGAUCAUCUCGAGAGCAUUAUGCAAAUAUAUUAUUAACAGGCGAAAAUAUUGUCUCAACAUUAGCUAAAUUAUUAAUUAUGGAGCAAAGUUCAAUGAUACCGGCGGAAAAUGUUUAUAGUAUAAUGAAAAUUGGUAAAGAGGCGGUAAUUGAUCGAAUUUUGAGUCAUUUUGGAAAGAAAUGCUCUUUUGUUAUCAUAUCAACACAUCUUGAUACACAUGAAAUUGCUAAAAAGGAAAAUAUUCCAUUAUGGAAAGUGAAAAGUGUCCGUGAUUUGGAUCUCUUUCAUUUAGCUCUCAAUCAUCAUCUUCUCAGCUAA